AUGGGUCGAGCGUGCCUGUGGUUGUCUUCCGACCCGCAGAUGCGGCAGGAGAUAUGUUUGGGUUCCGGAGGCAUGUCUAGGCAAAAGGCCCUAUUCAUAACCUUAGCAGGUCUUCUUCUUCAUUCUGUCAAGCUUACAGAUUCGUUGGUUUCAGCGUUUUCCCUGCAUGCACAUACUCCCGGUCUUUCGAGCUCAUGGCAGCCUGGAAUCCGCCCUCUGCCUCCUCUGUUGGCAGCAUCAAUCAGCGCAGACUCUGCGGGCACCUCGGAGGAAGCAGGUAAAUAUCAGCAGCAAGACGACGAGACUGACGUAGACACUGAAUUAGAAGGAGGCUAUCCCAUUCAUCACUCAUUCCCUUUGGAUAGUACCGCCAUCAGAUCUCCAAUGCAGCAUCAGCCCCGCGGAACGCGACUCAUUCCAGGCUUCCCCGGCCCCCAGUUUGUUUCUCUGAGGCCUUCGGCGCUGUAUCGUCGUCGCCUUCGUAGGCACCGGAGGGAUGAAGGAUGGCAGUUUUCGAAUUUGCCCGUAAAGCGUGUUUUUUUUGCGGCAAGAAGGAACCACCGUGACCAGCUGAUGCACAAGUGGUUGUAUACGCGGCACGUACAGUGCAAGAGGCGGGCCAAGGAAGUACGAAGCGUGCUCCAGACACAAAGACGGGAGAUCUUUGAUCAUAAAAUAGGGGAAGGGCAUGCUCCCGACUCUAAGGAAGAGGCUUUGGAGCCAGCGCCUGCUCAGGCGACCGCUAACGAAGCCCCUGUUCAAGCCUUGGCAACAGUGGGCAGUUGGAGCGAAGCGGGAAAUGAACCAUCCAAAGAUUGUAUAACGGCUGUGAGGGCUGCGCUGAAGUCGGUUCCCUCUGCAAAAGUCCUCUCGACGAUGUCUGCAGCAGAUUUGGGGCGUCUGCACGCGCAAUUGCGGGAGCUGUUGGUGGACGCGGUGAUUGCAGUAGCGCCUCCAGAGCGUGUGGCCGCUGCUGCUUCUGAGGGAUUCUCUUUGCCGCCUCCUGAAGCAGCCCUGGCCGCCUCCCCCUUUCCUUGGUGGAGCAGCGCUCGCGGCCUCCAGCCCUGGCGAGGAAGGAAGGUGAGCUGGGCGCAGCAGAGCCGUCGUGUCAACUGGGCAAACCCUAGACGAUCAGUGGAGCCGAUGGUUGCAGGGGUUUUGCUGCCGAAGGAGGCAGCUGCAGUUGUGGCUGCUGAGCGUAACGCACGUAAUAGGGAGCUUUUGGAUUCCAUUCGCUCUUUUCUUUUUGCCUCUAGCACCGACGCCGAAGGACAGACCGAGGCGUCAUCGUCAGAGCCUGCAGAGUCUUGCGGAGCUCCCGCAGAAAAUCUGGCAACGCCGUGGUUUAUCCGGGCAGAAGAGGACCGGCUGAAUCGCCUGUUGCGGUGGGAUGGCGGUAGGAAGAAAGAACAAACGGACGCUCCCUUAGGCAGCAGCAGUAGCAGCAGCAGUAGCAAAAGCGGUAGCGGUAGCGAACCCUCAAGUUCGGCGGAUUUGCCCCGUGAGGAGGUACAAGAGAGCGAGUCCCAGAAUAAAGGAGAAGAAAGAUCCUUUAGAUGCCAACAGGCGACCUGCGGAGAGGCAGGUGGAGUGCGUCGGGCAUUGGGAGCUGCCAUCGAUGUGGCACUGCUACUCUCUGAGGCAAUUAUCACAAAGAAGAGUGGGGCUGCAGCUCCAUUCUCGUGGGAGUCUCCUUUCCUGAGAUCCGCCUCCUCCUCCAAAAGAAGAAGGUGGCGAGAACGCGGCCGCCCAGCACCUGAACAAAGGCUUCCCAGUCGGCAGGCCAGGCGGCUCGCCAACAAGGAAAAACGGCUAGCUCGGAAGCGAGCUAGCGACGAAACUGGAAAGCGAGCUAGCUGA